CAUAGGACUGGAAGCAGGAUCUUGAAAGGCAGUGAGAAGAGUGGGAGGAGCACCGGCAUUCAUACCGGGAGCAGCAGGAGGAGUUCCGGGUCCAACAGACUCGUUGCUCCGGCACCGGUUAAUGGGAAUCGUGGUUAGUUAAGAAAAGUGAACAUGGACGACGGGAAGCCUGUGUGGGCUCCACAUCCCCUGGAUGGGUUCCAGCUGGGUUCCAUUAUUGACAUUGGUGUUGACUCCUUAACAAUUGAACCUUUGAAUCAAAGAAACAAGACAUUUCUAGCACCAGUCAACCAGGUUUUUCCUGCAGAAGAAGAUAAUAAAAAGGAUGUAGAAGAUAAUUGUGGCCUUAUGUAUUUAAAUGAAGCUACGCUCCUGAACAAUAUCCGAGUGCGCUAUAGCAAAGACAAAAUAUAUACUUAUGUAGCUAACAUUCUUAUAGCAGUGAACCCGUACUUUGACAUACCGAAAUUGUACUCAUCGGACUCCAUUAAGAAGUACAAAGGAAAGUCCUUGGGCACUCUGCCACCACAUGUCUAUGCUAUUGCUGACAAAGCUUACCGUGAUAUGAAGGUGCAUAAACUAAGCCAGUCCAUUAUUGUAUCAGGGGAAUCGGGUGCUGGCAAAACAGAAAAUACCAAGUUUGUUCUUCGGUACUUGACAGAAUCAUAUGGAACAGGCCAGGACAUCGAUGAAAGGAUUGUAGAAGCUAAUCCCUUACUUGAGGCUUUUGGAAAUGCCAAAACUGUACGAAAUAACAAUAGUAGCCGAUUUGGAAAAUUUGUAGAAAUUCAUUUCAACGAGAAGAAUGCUGUCGUUGGAGGUUUUGUAUCUCAUUACCUUUUGGAAAAAUCCCGAAUCUGUACGCAAAGCACAGAAGAAAGAAAUUACCAUAUCUUUUAUAGGCUGUGCGCAGGUGCUCCUGAAGAGAUUAGGCAAAAGUUUCACUUGACCUCCCCUGAUAACUUCCGGUAUCUGAGUCGGGGGUGCACCAGGUACUUUGCCAACAAGGAAUCGGACAAACGGAUUCUACAGAAUCGCAAGAGCCCACAGUGCCUGAAAGAAGGCUCACUGAAAGAUCCCUUGUUGGAUGACCAUGGUGAUUUCAACCGCAUGUGUGUUGCUAUGAAGAAAAUAGGGCUGGAUGACGGAGAGAAACUUGAUCUGUUUCGUGUAGUUGCAGGUGUUCUUCACCUUGGAAAUGUUGACUUUGAAGAAGCUGGAAGCACCUCCGGUGGAUGUGUCCUGAAGAACAAAUCAAGUCAGUCACUCGAGCACUGUGCUGAACUGCUGGGGUUGGAUGGCGAUGACCUGCGUGUCAGUCUGACCACUAGAGUAAUGUUGACCACAGCUGGAGGUGCCAAAGGCACAGUUAUCAAGGUACCCUUAAAGGUGGAACAGGCAAAUAAUGCCCGAGAAGCUUUGGCCAAGGCAGUUUAUAGCCAUCUGUUUGACCACGUGGUGAAGCGGGUCAAUCAAUGUUUCCCCUUUGAGACUUCCAGUUUCUUUAUAGGAGUUCUAGACAUUGCUGGGUUUGAAUAUUUUGAGCAUAAUAGCUUUGAACAAUUCUGCAUUAACUACUGCAAUGAGAAGCUUCAGCAGUUUUUCAAUGAAAGGAUCCUAAAAGAGGAACAAGAGCUAUACCAGAAAGAAGGCCUUGGUGUGAAUGAAGUGCACUAUGUUGAUAAUCAAGACUGCAUAGAUCUAAUUGAAGCUAAGUUAGUGGGAAUCCUGGAUAUUUUGGAUGAAGAAAAUCGCUUGCCUCAAGCAAGUGACCAGCAUUUUACUGCUGCAAUACACCAGAAGCAUAAGAAUCACUUCCGACUCACGAUUCCUAGAAAGUCAAAAUUGACAGUUCACAGGAAUAUCCGUGAUGAUGAAGGGUUUAUCAUUAGGCACUUCGCUGGAGCAGUCUGUUAUGAAACAGCAAAGUUUGUGGAAAAAAACAAUGAUGCCUUACACAUGUCCUUGGAAUCACUGGUGUCUGAAUCAAAAGAUCCAUUUGUUCGGAAACUUUUUGAAGGAACCAACAACAAUAAGGACACAAAACAGAAGGCAGGAAAGCUGAGCUUCAUUAGCGUUGGAAAUAAAUUCAAGACUCAGUUGAAUCUGUUGCUUGACAAGUUACGCAGCACAGGAUCCAGCUUUAUUCGGUGCAUCAAACCUAAUCUCAAAAUGACAAGUCAUCAGUUUGAAGGAGCACAAAUUUUGUCUCAACUUCAGUGUUCAGGUAUGGUGUCUGUGCUAGAUCUCAUGCAGGGUGGAUUUCCAUCACGGGCUCCAUUCCACGAACUUUACAAUAUGUACCAGAAAUACAUGCCUCCGAAGCUCUGCAGGCUGGACCCCAGGCUCUUCUGUAAGGCACUGUUCAAAGCUUUGGGUCUCAAUGAGAAUGAUUACAAGUUUGGUCUAACCAAAGUCUUUUUCAGACCUGGCAAGUUUGCAGAGUUUGAUCAGAUCAUGAAGUCUGACCCAGAGCAUCUAUCAGUGUUGAUGUCACGUGUGAAUCACUGGCUUAUUUGCAGCCGUUGGAAGAAGAUUCAAUGGUGUGCACUGUCUGUCAUUAAAUUGAAGAACAAGAUGAAGUACCGAGCUGUUUCUUGCAUUAAGAUGCAGAAAACUGUCCGCAUGUGGUUAUGCAAGAGAAAAUAUAAACCGCGCAUUGAUGGCCUGGUGAAGGUGAAAUCACUCAAGCAGCGAGUGAAUAGAAUGACUGAGGUGGUGAAGGCCCUGAGGGAGGGCAAGGCUGAGAUGAGUAAACAAGUCCAGGAUCUGGAUUCAUCAAUUAAUGCUCUUGUGAUUAAAAUUAAGAACGUUGCAAUGACCAGAGAUCAAAUUGAUCAGGACUAUGUUAACCUAGUCAAACGAUCAGAACAACUUCUCAGCACACUGCAGAAGAAGAAACAAGAGGAGGAGGAAGCUGAGCGACUGCAAGUCAUCCAGGAGGAAAUGGAGCGAGAACAGAAACGGCGUGAGGAGGAGGAGCGUCGACGCAAGCAAGAGGAGGAAGAACGUCGCUUGAAAGCUGAAAUGGAGUUGAAGAGAAAACUAGAGGAGGAGGAGAGGAAGAAAGAAGAGGAAAUAAAGCGUUCAAUGCAGGCUGCCUUGGAGGCUCAGCUUGCUACAGAGCGUGAGGAAGAAGCUCGUAAGCAGGCCCUGCUUGAACAAGAGCGGCGUGACCGGGAACUCGCCAUGAGGAUUGCAAGAAGUGAGUCUGAGCUCAUUUAUGAUGAAUCACCAAUGGACACAGGAAUUAAGAGUGUUGAAGUUAAACAAAUCCGUCCAGUUGCAGUUGCUGCUAAAUCUGAUGGACCACAAUCCAAAAUGACAAUGGAAGAAAUGGCCAAAGAAAUGUCAGAUUAUCUGGCUAGAAGUCCUGAAGUCCAGGCUACGAAGGCAGCUGCUGGCACAAAGAAAUAUGAUCUCGCCAAAUGGAAGUAUGCUGAACUGCGAGAUGUCAUCAACACCUCUUGUGAUAUUGAGCUGUUAGCAGCAUGCAGAGAGGAAUUCCAUCGGCGGCUGAAGGUCUAUCAUGCCUGGAAAUCCAGAAAUAAAAAGCGCAAUGCUGAAGCAGAACAACGCGCUCCAAAAUCUGUUACUGAUUAUGCUCGGCAAAAUCCCCCUCAGUUACAAGCUCGGCAGCAGGAGAUUGCUCAGAAUCGGACCCAGCGCUAUUUCCGCAUCCCAUUUAUCCGUCCAGCUGACCAGUACAAAGAGCCCCAGAACAAGAAGAAAGGCUGGUGGUAUGCCCAUUUUGAUGGACCUUGGAUUGCACGUCAGAUGGAACUGCACCCAGACAAAGCCCCCAUACUCCUGGUAGCUGGUAAGGAUGACAUGGAGAUGUGUGAGCUAAGCCUGGAUGAGACGGGACUCACUCGGAAACGAGGAGCUGAGAUCCUACCACGGCAGUUUGAAGAAGUGUGGGAGCGUUGUGGUGGAGUCACAUAUCUCCGCAAUGCAAUUGAGAGCAAGCAAGCCAGGCCCACAUACGCCACAGCAAUGCUCCAGAACCUUAUGCAGUAGAAUGGAAUAGUUUUUGCCCUCAUUACAAGUAGUGGUUUAGAUGAAAAGACUUGUGAAUGGAACAAAGGGAAGACUACUCCUCCCUGACAAAAAUAGAUCUCUGAGCUUGAAAUAAAUGUGUUUUUUUAACUUCCAGAAUUCAUGAGCACUAUGUUGUGCAAUGGUAAUGAGUAAAACUAAUCAAAUAAAAUUAGGAAUAAUAUUCAGUGACACUAACCCAAUUUCCUUAAAAUUGUUUUGUAAACAAUCAGGAGUAAUGCAUCUGGAGUGAAUUACGGUUUAUCAAAAAUGCCACAGUGACAUUUGCGAUAUUAAGCAAAGAAUGAAGGUGGCUGAUCUACAAGGUGUUAGUUCUUUCAAAGUCACAUUUGUUGCGAAAUAUAUGGUUUUAUCCAGAGUAGUUUAAAAAUCCGCAUGCUAUCACUUUUGAUUGAAUUGUUAGAUGUUAUUUGUUGCUUUGUAAAAGACCUUAAUGGGAACAGCUGCUACUGUCCAUGACCACCAAUUUAGAGACCCUAAUUCAGUAGUUUGAACACUGAUAUCACAUUUCACAGCUAGAUUAUAAAAUUAUACUUGAAGGUUGCAGUUUUCCGGAACUAUGAAAUAACCUGCAAUCCUUAUAAUUAGUGGGUCCCGAUAUUGGGUUCUUAAAAAAAAUUACUUAUUUAUUUCAAGCCCUACAAUUUUGGAUAAUCAUGUUGUGCCUCUUUGACCCAAAUAGAUUUUGUUAAUUGUAGGAUGUUUUAUUAAUUUCUAAUUAUGUGAUGUUUUUUUUGUGUAGUGAAGUCUUUUUUUGGUGUACUCUAAUAAUCAAACACAUUGACCUUUCAUAAACACUACAGUGAAAUAUCUUAAAACUGGAACUGUAAUGCUUUUUGUACCAGACCCUUCCUUUCAAAUAAUCUGUUCCUGGAAAUGGUUGGGGAAUCUUGCAAUUUCCCAGAUAAGUUAAGCACAGUGCUGUAUCUUCUUUAGCUUCUCAUGAAAGAAGUAUAAUCUUUAAGAAUGAGCUGGAACACAACCUUUUCCUUUAAUAUCUCUAGUAAAAUUUGAUCUCACUCCUUUCACCAUUCCAACUUACUAAAGCCAUAUGCAGAAAGUUUUUCUUGCUGAGGUUAAUGGUGACAAGUUGCCUUUUCAGAGAUUUGGAUAAAAGCAACUUCCUAGUCUGAAAGAUGGAGUCUGUUGGCUCCUUUUGUAUCCUUUCAUUGCUGUUGAAAUUAAAAGAAAUGCAUUAUCUCUGCAGAUGGGAUUUGUGUACAGCUGACUAGAACAGGGGAAUAAAAGUGUCAGCCUCUGAAAGUAGGCCAGCAUAAUCUUGCACUGCAUGGCAGUUAUAGUUUUUGUGGAAACCCCCAAUCUCUCUUUUGUCAAAGUCUUAACUUGAUAACUGGGUAGAAUUUGCUGUAAGUAGGCUGGUUAUUUAUUUAUGAUUUCAAAUGUGCAAAGUGAUUCUCUAAUAAUCUGAUUUACAAGCUCGACCUGAAAACAGUUCAUGUUUUCAUGAUUCUUCCUGAAUCACUUGGAACAAAGUCUGUUAAGAUUUUACACAGUUUUACCAUUUGAUUUUGAAUGAUCUGUUUUCAAUGGUGGCAUACAGAAAAUAAACACAUUCCUUACCUGA